UGGUCCGGUUGUAUUUUGGAAUCGGUGCACCGUGUGAAAGUAGGAAAAUUGUAAAAUAGAACUAAUUUUCGGCUCACAAAAUGACGCUCUAUCACUUUGGAAACUGUGCAGCACUGGUGUAUGUGCCGUACUACUUUACCUACAAAUACUCCGGACUCUCCGAAUAUGGCGCCUUUUGGAAAUGUGUUCAGGCAGGUGGAAUAUACGUGUUCACACAGCUUUGCAAAAUGCUUGUAUUGGCAACAUUCUUCCCCGAUACGGACACCUUCAGCGAAGGAGCACCGUUUAAUUUCAUUGCUGAAUUUCUGCGCUGCAGCGUCGAUCUGGUUGACUUCCUGGGUCUCGCGUUCGUGCUGUCGAGAAUUCCGGGCAAGGGACACAGCAAACUGAUAACCGCCGGUUUGGGAUGGGCCACCGCAGAAGUUAUUCUAUCGCGCGGACUUAUGCUAUGGGUUGGCGCUAGGGGUGCGGAGUUUUCCUGGAUCUACACACAGAAGUGUCUGGAAUCGAAUGUGCUCCUUGUGCAACAUCUGUCGACCGCUACACUGCUGUGGCUAUUUUCCCGCCACGAUUUGGAUAAAAAGUUCGCUCCCAUAGUCGUGCUGCUGCUGGUGGCCACUUCAUACCGCGGUGUUUGGUUGGAGGGCACCCUGCACGCCAUGUCCGCCGGUCCUUGGCUUAGUUUGGCUCUGAAGGCUCUCAUUACCAGCUGCAUGGGUGUUGGUACGCUGCACAUCUAUUCGGGACUGGCGCAACAGAUCGGGUUAUAAAUCGGCUGCCGCCUGCUUAGUAAUACUAUCUCUGUUCAAUAGUUAAAAAAAAACUAUAAAGUGUGUAGCAACUCCUACGUACUGGAAGUUAUUAAUUGUUUGAAGUUUUA